GCCGAUGACGAAGUGUCUUCAAUAUGUAUUUUGGGGCACGGCCGACGUCGCGGCGCAUCUAAAAAAUUGGUGACAUUCAUAUCUUGUGCUUCUGCAAGUCGAGCUGGACAUCAUGGCAGUGCUGCUCAUGCUCGCGCGGGCAGUCUUGAAACCACCGCCGAGCGUGGCCACUGCUCUUAUCGGAGACAACAAAUUGGCGAACGCGACGGCCAACCCGAAUCCGCAACAGCACAACGGUUUACUUCAAGGACGAGCGCCAGAGCCUCAGCAGUCUACCUGCGGCUUCUUGAACGGCGACGCGUCCAAGCCCCGAACAGCGGAUCCCGGCUUCAACUGUCGGGUCGACACGCAAAACGGCCUUUGGGGGUUCUGUCCAACAAGCGUCGUAUACGCCGACGAUUGCGGAUUCGCCGGGAGUUGUGUCGAUGACCAUGGCUGUUCAACUGCUUGCGGCCUCACGGACACGACAACAUUGACGACAUUUACUUGCUCUGCCUCGCAGUACUGUUCAACGGCUUUGUUAACCUUUGGUGUUGAUCAAACUUACUCCUACCUGGCUUGCGGCUCAGGGCCAUCCGUGGAACACUACCUUAAUCUACCAACCACACCAAGCACUACUGCAAAGUCAGGGGCUGGACUGACGCGCGACUCGACAUUGUUCACAGCAACAAAGACAUCAUUAACAUCUGUGUCACACACAUCCUCGAAUACUUCUCCGCGAGCCACGUCAACGACAAUUACAACACCUAGCAGCCAGGACCACGGAUCGAGCGCUGGACCGAAUAAUAUAGCUGCAAUCAUUGGAGGGUCGGUGGCUGGCCUAGUGGUCCUGUGUGCUUCUGCUAUUGCUCUCACAUACAUCAUCAGACGACACCGCAAUAGUGACGGCGUCCGGAACGAAAAUAUAUGGCAAGCCGCUGGUUCCGAGGGUUUCAACCCGACAAAAACUGAUAAUGGACCAAAGAACCGCGAAAUUCCCUCAGAACUAUCUGCUGACCCUACACAAGCACGGCACGUAGAGCUGCCUGGAUAGUGGCUCGGCCCUUGGUUCUAGGGUUAGGACGACGUUCUUGACUUCAAUAGCCAUUCUUGCAGCAAGUAAUUGAAACGUGCUAUAACACGGCGAAUGUGGCUGCCUGGGUGAUAGGUG